AGAAGGCAUUGGUGUGAAGACGGGCUAAAGGGGUGAAGGGGUGAAAGGUCCGGCGCCACCAAAUGGUAGACUUUCGAGCGUGAGGGUCCAGCAGCAGCACCAACAAAGGGCUGACGCCUCAAUAAGUGGCUCUCUUCGUGGAGUGGGCCCCACCCAUCGAGGGGACCGAAGGUAAGAAAGGUUGCGAUCCUCAGUCUCCUUUCUCGUCCCCGUUGGUCAGUACGUGGCUGCCGCGCCCCACGCCCGGCCUCGCCACUCACCACGUCACUCCACUACCGCGGGGCCAUGACUCUCGCCUAACAAGCGUCUAUUAAACCAGUGCUCGGCAGCGGGACAGCGCUAGGGAGUGGCGGCAGAUGCAGCAAUGUAACAGCCCCUGGCGACGCGGCGAGACCAGUGCAGGGAGCCAGACAUCACAUUACCCCUAGUGACGAUGGUGCUGCACUGCGAGAGCAGGAUGCCGCCCCUGGGCUUUGAUAGGGUGGACUGCAUCUCUGCCCCUGACCACUUCCCACCACCUAUGGACGACUACCUGCCCCAGAUGUCCCCCACGCCGUUCAUCCACGUGGUGCGGUGGAGCAAGCUGUGGGGCUGCCUGCCCAUCGCGUACAAGAAAUCAGCCCACUCCUGGUGCCUCAGCCCCUUCCUCACCUUCUGGGUGGUGUGCAUGAUCGGCCUCAACCUGCCGACCUUCUACGACUGUAUCAAGGCCUCGCUGGCCUCAGACGGCCUCAUGCUGUACGUGAUGGUGAUGAUCGUGUGUGUGAUGAGUGUGUCGGCCGUGUCCAUGCAUGUGCUGGCGCUCGUCUACUACGGACAGUGGAUAGACUUCCUCAACAACUGGAUGACGUUCGAGCGGCAGUUCCCUACACUGACGGUGGGCGUGCGUUCCCUGCGUAUCUCGUACCCGCUAUUCAUCGGUUUCUUCCUAUACGUCCUCUUCUUCGUGGUGAACAUUCUGAACGAGCUUCGCUUCAACCUGAUCAACAAUGACGGCGUGUGGCGCAUGCUGUCUCUGGUGUACGUGUACAUCAUCUACAGCUUCACGCUCUCCAUGCCUGUACUGUGGGUGGUCAUGGCCUCCAAGGUGUUCGUGGUGUGCCUCUGCCACAUCAGACACGAGCUGGAGUCCAUCGUGGAGUGUGUCAAGUAUGGCGUCAGCUGCACCAACUCACCAAUCCAGAAAUGCAUCGCCACGGGGGACAUGAACCGCAUGCAGGAGGCAGUGCUGGACCUGGCGCGCCUUAUCGAGAGCUUCAAGAUCAUCAUGGGUCCCUUCAUGCUGAUCAUCGUGCCCCACCACAUCAUCUCCCUCAUCUGCUUCCUCUACUGGACUCUCGUCUCCACCCUAGACUACUCUGACUGGUACUCCCCCCUCAGCUUCAGCCUCCUCUCUGCCCAGGCCAUCAUCCCCAUCUUCUGCGCCGCCAUCUACAGCGAGGACGUGCACACGCAGAAGGAGUCCCUGAUUGAGCCUCUGAUCAUCUUGAAAAGCACCAUGGCUGACGAGACGGCCAAACACAAGAUGGCCACUUUAAUUGACCACCUGGACAGACUGGACGCACAAGUAGAGGGGCGCGGCUUCUUCACCUUAAACAAGAGCAUGGCAACCUCGGUGAGAGCCAAAACCUGGAAUUUACAAGACUUUAGGUGGUGAACACGGUGGUGACAUAUCUGGUGGUGCUAAUCCAGUUCUACGGAGAAGGAAGGAAGCGAUAAAUACUCUCCAACAAUGUCCAUAUAAGAUCAUAAUAUGGACAUUGCUCCCCAAGAAAUCACUGUUGAGGACUUCUUCCCUCCACACACACACACACACACACACACACACACACACACACACACACACACACACACACACACACAUGCAUAUUAACCAGGAUUGCCCAUGUCUGUCGUUGUUAUACAACUCGCUAUCUUAAUAUACUUUCUGAGCAUGGAACAAUUAUUAAGGUGAUCAGCUUCUCAAUGUAGUUGUUGAAAUAUCCUAACAUCGCUUUCCCUUCAUUCACUUAGCACCUGACAGCUGAUCAGCGCACUAUGGUGGCAAAGUGCUGUAAAUUUCAUUCCUUUUAUUAUUUUCUGAUGUUCGUCAACGUAUAAUGUAAAUGUAAAAUUGUUCCUACAAAGGAAAUGUGUAUGUACAAAAUGUCAAAGGUACUCCCACCAUGCACAAAUUUAUCUGUAAGACUUUCUCUCGUUUUACAGUACUACGAGUAGAAUAGUUGUCUUGGCAUAGUUGCUUCAAUAUCUGCUAUUAUGUUGACAAGUGCAGCAAUGCAUUGGUGUAAGGUGUGCAAGUGUUGUCUUCGUAACAUCAUAUUUACUGUAUUAUAGAUGAUAAUGAAUAUAAUCAAACAUUCAAAAUAAAUCAGAACUGUCAAUA